AUGUUCACGCACAUUAGAGCAGACAGGCUUCCUAGUGGAUUCUGUCGAUAUUUGUCAAGGACUAGUAUCAAUUUUGCUGCUACUGCGGAGAAAAAAUCCUCGGCCAAUGCCAACCAGAGUAUUGCGACCAAGCAAAGGCUUUACAUGUUGAGUCCUUAUUCGCCUGGAUCUCCAUUUUUCCUACCCAACGGUACUAGAAUCAUCAAUAAGUUGAUCAAAUUCAUGAAACUUCAGCAAUCAAAGCAGGAGUUCACCGAGGUAAUAACACCAUUAAUCUUCAAGAAAGAUUUAUGGGAAACCUCGGGACAUUGGCAGAAUUAUAAAGAGGACAUGUUCAAAGUGGAAACUAAUGAUAAAUCGAAGCUUUUAGAUGAUGAUGUUAACGAUGUUUACGGCCUAAAACCAAUGAAUUGUCCCGGUCACUGUAUUAUCUUUGGUAGAUAUACUCGUUCAUACAAAGAGCUCCCCAUAAGGUUGAGUGACUGGUCCAGCUUGCAUAGAAAUGAGGCUAGUGGUGCUCUUAGCGGUUUGACCCGUGUCAGAAGGUUUCAUCAGGAUGAUGGCCAUAUAUUUUGUACCAGAGAGCAGAUCGGUUUGGAAAUCUCUAAUACAUUGAAGCUUAUUAAGAUCUGUUAUGGAGUGUUCGGAUUCGACAGUUACAGAAUGCUUCUAUCCACUAGACCUCACGAUAAGUUCAUAGGUAAAGUGGAAGAGUGGGAUCUUGCGGAGAAACAGCUAGCUGGUGUACUUGAUGAGACUGUUGGUUCGGCUAAAUGGGGUAUCAACGAAGGUGAUGGUGCUUUCUAUGGACCGAAAAUUGACAUCAUGCUUACUGAUAAGUUUGGCAAGGACCAUCAAGUAGCAACCAUUCAAUUGGAUUUCCAGCUUCCUCAAAGAUUUGGAUUGAGAUAUCAGAGUGAAAUGGAUACAUUGGAAACGCCUGUGAUGAUUCAUAGGGCUAUCUUAGGCAGUGUAGAAAGGUUUUUGGCCAUGUUAAUUGAUCAUUACGAGGGUAAGUGGCCAUUUUGGUUGUCACCGAGACAGGCAGUGAUCAUUCCAAUUAACUCAUCGCAUACGGAAUAUGCACAGAAGUUACGGAAGGUGUUAAGUAAUGAACCAAAUGACUUUGAAACUCCUACCAAACUGACGGAAGGACAUUUCUAUGUAGAUGUUGAUUCCAGAAGCGAAACUAUUGGUUUUAGAACUAAAGAUGCCAUUUCCAAAGGAUACAACUACAUUAUUAUUGUUGGAGAUAAGGAAGUGAAGACCGAGAAAUUUGCCAUUAGGUCCAGAAGUAGUAGAAUAGUCAAUCAGAUGGGUGCGAAUGAGAUCGUUGCCAAGUUUAGAUCGCUAGAAGAGAAUUAUGAAUAA